AUGACGGAGGUACCAAAUUAUAGUCUAGGACUCUUUUUCCAUCAAUCAGAAGAGGAUGCUUAUUUGUCUUGCGGCUCUAAAUCUUAUCCCAAGACAAAUUCAUGGAAGGAGGGUACAGAUUGCUGCUCAUGGGAUGGGGUCACUUGUGACCACCUAAAUGCUCAUGUUAUUGCCCUUGACUUGAGCUGCUGUUGGCUAUAUGGCAACUUCCCUUCCAAUACCACUCUCUUUCUUCUUCCUCACCUUCAAAAACUCAACCUUGCCUACAAUGACUUUAAUCUUUCCAAAAUUCCAUCCGAGUUCAGUCGGUUUACAAGCCUAUUCUACCUCAACCUUUCUUAUACAGAAUUUGCAGGAGAAGUCCCAUCCCAAGUCUCCCACCUGUCAAAAUUGGUUUCACUUGAUCUCUCCGGUCCGGCUUAUGAAAGAACAAUUGACAAACAUGCUCUGGAGGGACUUGUUCACAACCUAACCGAGGUCAGGCAUCUGUUUUUGGAUGGAAUCAACAUGUCUUCUGUUAAUGCUCAUGUCUUUAUGAAUCUAUCCUCUUCUCUAAGGUCUCUCAGUCUUGCUGGUUGUGGUUUGCAAGGAAAAUUCCCAAAAAACAUUUUUGAUUUGCCAAGCCUCAAUCUCCUCAAUUUGUUAGACAACCAAUUGAGUGGACAAAUUCCAAGAUCACUGGGGAACCACUUGCAACUCACUCAUUUAGACUUGUCGUGGAACCAAUUGAGUGGACAAAUUCCAUUGUCAAUUCUAAACCUAACGCAGCUUGAAUACUUGAGAAUAGCUGGAAAUACAUUAGAAGGUUCCAUUCCAGAUGAGGUAACCGCUUUUCCUAAUCUAAUAUAUUUAGGCUUAUCUGACAAUUUAUUCAAUGGAACACUUCCGUCAUGGUUGUAUACUGCUCCCUCCUUAAAGAGAAUAAUUCUCUCUCAAAAUCAAUUCAGUGGGCAUAUCAAAGAAUUCCAAUCCAAAUCACUAGAAAUGAUAUUGUUAAAGAAUAAUAAACUCCAAGGUCCUCUUCCAUCUUCAAUAUUCCAACUUCUCAAUCUUACCUACCUCUCUUUACCAAAUAAUCUUAGUGGUGUCCGUGUCAUAGAGUUUAGCAUGUUCUCAAACCUUCCAAAUCUCAAAUAUCUUGACCUUUCAUAUAACAGCCUAUCCUUAACAUCUAAUUCUACUUCUAGUGUUAAUCAUAUAUUGCCUAAUCUUACUUUUGUCAUCUUGCAAUCUUAGUAAUUCCCCCAAUUUUUAAAAGGGCUUAAAAGUUUGGAAAGGUUAGACCUCUCUUGCAACAAAAUUGAAGGCAAGAUUCCACAGUGGAUGCAAGAGGUGGGGAAUGUCUCUUUGACUUACUUAAACGUAUCUCACAACUCUUUGACAGAAGUUGAGUACUUUCCAUGGAAGAAUAUUGAAUUUCUUGACUUAAGCUCCAAUUUGAUCCGUGGAAAUCUUCCGAUUCCAGCUUCGACCAUCAAUGUCUUUUUGAUCUCAAAUAAUAGUUUCACUGGAGAGGUCUCUUCUUUAAUAUGCAAUGCCAGUUCUCUUCAAAUUCUUGAUUUGUCCCACAAUAACUUGAGUGGAACAAUUCCGCAAUGUUUUGGAAAUUUGAGCGACAGCCUUGAAUUCUUGAAUCUGAAGAAGAACAAGUUUUAUGGGACGAUUCCUACAACAUUUGCAAAGGGAUGCCAGUUGACCACUUUCAACUUAAAUGGAAAUUUGUUAGAAGGGCCUUUGACACCAUCCAUCCUUAAUUGUAAUGAUCUGGAAGUGCUAGAUCUUGGUAACAACAAGAUCAAUGAUACAUUUCCUCAUUGGUUGGGAAGUCUUCCAUAUUUGGAAGUUCUUGUAUUGAAGUCAAAUCAUAUGCAUGGUUCGUUAUGUGUCAAUAGCUCCAAGUCUAGCCCUUUUUUCUCUAAAAUCCAAAUUUUUGAUCUCUCAAGUAAUUAUUUUUCUGGAUCCCUACCAGUGAGAUACAUCAACAGCUUCAAAGCUAUCAUAAAUCUAGAGAAGCUUGGGAGUACAAUGUCGUACAUGGGGGUGUAUGAUCCUCGUAGUGGCUUCUAUACCUAUUCCAUUGGAAUUGUUAUGAAAGGACAAUAUAUGGAAUUGGUGAAAAUUUUCACCAUGUGGAUGAUCAUUGAUCUAUCAAACAAUCAGUUUGAAGGGGGUAUUCCAAAGGUUAUUGGGAAGCUUACCUUACUGAAAGGGCUCAACCUUUCUCACAAUAACCUUAAUGGUGGUAUCCCCACCUCAAUAGGGAAUUUGACAAGUCUUGAAUGGUUGGACCUAUCUUCAAACAGGUUGUCUGGGACGAUUCCAAAUAGAUUGGCAGAUCUGCCAUUUCUUUCGUCCUUCAAUGUUUCUGAAAAUAAACUCCAUGGUCAGAUUCCUCAAGGAAAACAAUUCAACACAUUUGGAAAUGAUUCAUAUCAAGGGAAUAAGGGACUAUGUGGGUUUCCGGUCUCGAAAGGUUGCAACAUCAUUGAGCCAGCACCUCCAAAUGUGCUUGAAAAAGAUGGCUCAAAAUCAAACAUUACUUUUGGAUGGAAAGUGGUGUUGAUAGGUUAUGGAUGCGGAGUGGUGUUCGGAAUGUCCGUGGGAUAUGUUGUUUUCAAAACUGGUAAGCCGAAAUGGUUGGUGAAUUUGGUUGAAAUCCAACAUGAGAAGAAGCGAAGAAGAAAGUCAAAGGAUGGCAGUCACAGCAAUGGACGAAGAAGGAUCUAGUUAGUGGAAAUGGUGUUCAAGUGUUGAUGUUGUAUCUUCAUAAUUUCUUGUUUUGAAGUCUUUCAAUUUUUUUCCUAUGGUGAAAGGUUGCAUUGCCAUGCAUCUGUCUUUAUUAUUGGUACUAUUUGUAAGGGUUUGUUUUAAAUGUAACAUUUUAUAUGGUUCAACUAUUUAUGUCUUCUUUCAUGAGUUUCA